AUGAUCGCCGCCACGAAGCGGAAAGUUCUCGAUGGACUGAAUCGUCGAUACAUUUACGGUCGCGUGCCUCUCCUCCACACGAUCAUCUUCCUCAUCGAAAUGGCAGUAGCCACUCGAAUCGCUGCCAAGUUCAAUACCUACUAUGCCGAAAAACCUGUGCUCACGACCAUGGUCACCAACGCUGUGCUUGGUGGGGUGGCUGACACGGUUGCGCAAUUAAUCACUGCGUUCCGGGCUCGCUCGCAGCAACGAACGGUGGAUGAUGAUAAUAGUUUUAUCUCAAUAGAGAUUCAUGACUUGGAUAAACAGAAACCACCCGCGAUUGGGGAAGUUGGACAUGUCCGAAGCUCCCUGCCCCCAUUCGAUUUCGAGCGCCUGACUCGCUUCAUGGCGUACGGUUUCUUCAUGGCCCCCAUACAGUUUCAAUGGUUUGGCUUCCUGUCAAGGGCAUUCCCUCUCACCAAGGCAAAUCCGACCACCCCGGUAUUUAAACGUGUUGCAUUUGACCAAUUUAUCUUUGCGCCGUUCGGGUUGGCUUGUUUCUUCACUUAUAUGACGAUUGCUGAAGGUGGAGGCAAGAGAGCUUUGACACAAAAGCUCCGAGAUGUUUAUCUUCCGACACUCAAGGCCAACUUUGUCCUUUGGCCGGCUGUGCAGAUUUUGAACUUCCGAGUCAUUCCUAUUCAGUUCCAGAUUCCAUUCGUCUCCUCCAUCGGUAUCGCGUGGACCGCAUAUCUUUCACUCACCAAUUCCUCUGAUGAAUCCUGA